CACAUCACUAGCGGGAUUUAGCGAGUGGCGGGGCGGAAAGAAAGAACACACGAGCGAGCGAGAGAGCAGGUGACAGAGCUGAAGUGGAGCGCCAGUUUGUGCUCACAUCAUUUCAUCGCUCUUAGUUGGUCAAAGCGUCGCCUCAGGUCGGGAAAUAACACUUCCCCCCAAGGGUGGCAAAACUCUCCUAGUUCUGAUCCGCUGAUUUUGUUACAAUCGCCUUACUUUUGGAAAAGAAAGCAAUUGCACAUUUCUAAAUACAGGCUGAUCAUGGAGAGUUUGAUGCUUCGGGUGGAAUGGAGAGUCCAGUAGACGCGCCGCGAUUGUGGCCAGCGAUCACCGUGUGGAUAUUGUAACAGGUAGAACAGAACUGAAAACACCCUCGUUUUUGGAUUAACCUGUGUGUCGAAAACGCGAUUUCGGUUUUUUGUUCAUUGGCGACUCUGAAACACACACGAUCUCCUGUGAUAUCGUACAUGGGAACUGCUGAAGACAAGAAGACGCGUUCGUCAGCGGCAUUCUUACUGGCUUGUGAAUUUAUGUGUCGCAGCACUUAGAGGUCGGACCUGCGAGCUCCUGCUCCUUUACAACGCUGUGGAUUGCGACUAUUUCGGGCUCACAGAGAACCUGAAGUCGGAUAAAUAUAAGUGGGAUUUGCUUUGGAGUUUUGAUUCCAAAUCCAUCCACUCCAAGAGGCUCCUCCAGCACGAACCACUCAAUUAGCUGCUUUUUCAGGAUGCACUUAUUGAACAGGCCAUCUUCCUCAGGCUGGGUCAGAGUCAUGGACACACGACAUGGAGUGGUUGCCAUCACUUUCCUGGCCUUCUUCAUGCAAGUGGUUGUGGAGGCUACCUCAUGGUGGUCUCUGGCUAUGAAUCCACUGCUGAUUCCCGAGGCUUACAUCAUAGGCGCACAGCCGCUGUGCAGUCAGUUGGCAGGCUUGUCCAAAGGCCAGAAAAAGCUGUGCCAGCUGUACCAGGACCACAUGCAGUAUAUCGGUGAGGGUGCCAAGACGGGGAUCCGUGAGUGCCAGUACCAGUUCCGCCACCGACGCUGGAACUGCAGCACAGUGGAUAAUUCCUCAGUGUUUGGCCGUGUCAUGCAGAUUGGAAGCCGCGAGGCAGCGUUUACAUACGCAAUCAGCGCAGCAGGUGUUGUGAACGCAGUUAGUCGAGCGUGCAGGGAGGGCGAGUUGUCAAGCUGUGGCUGCAGCAGGGCAGCUCGGCCCAAAGAGCUUCCCCGAGACUGGCUCUGGGGAGGUUGUGGAGACAACCUCAACUACGGCUACCGAUUCAGCAAGGAGUUUGUGGAUGCCCGUGAACGAGAAAAGACCUAUGAGAAAUCGUCCAUGGAGAGUGCACGGCUCUUGAUGAAUCUCCAUAACAACGAAGCAGGACGAAGGAUGGUAUCACACCUGGCUCACGUAUCAUGCAAGUGCCACGGCGUUUCGGGUUCAUGCAGCCUGAAGACCUGCUGGCUCCAGCUGGCUGACUUCCGCAAAGUGGGCGAUGCACUAAAAGAGAAGUACGACAGCGCAGCGGCCAUGAAGAUUAACGCACGUGGCAAGCUGGUGCAGGUGCACUCCAAGUUCAACCCACCCACCAGCCAGGACCUGGUGUAUGUGGAGCCGAGCCCAGACUACUGCGUGCAGAACCACAGCACAGGCUCACUGGGCACGCAAGGGCGUCUCUGCAAUAAGACCUCUGAGGGUAUGGACGGUUGUGCGCUCAUGUGCUGUGGCCGUGGCUACGACCAGUUCAAGGCCACGCUGGUUGAGCGCUGCCAUUGCAAGUUCCACUGGUGCUGCUAUGUCAAAUGCAAGCGCUGCACAAGAGUCAUUGAUCAGUUUGUGUGCAAAUAGCCUGCUCCCAAUUUAAAUUUUUUUUUCCUGAAAGACAGUGUUUCUUGUGCAGUAGGAUCCCUUUUCUGAAAGAAGAUGGGAGAACCUUUGGGAAAGUUGGGGAAAGGAAAAGAACUAUAUAAAUUAUAUUUAUGGAGUCAAAACAAUUAUACUGUUUCGGAAAAGACUGACCUCUUUGUGUGUGUCUUUUUUACAUUCUCAAAGUAAUAGGUACAAGAAGUUUAAAGAAACAGAGUAUUUAUUUUCUGUGAUUUUCCUUUUGUUUUUUUACCCCCCCUUGUUUCUAAAGUGGAAUUUGUUGCAGUGAGUGCAAUCUGACUACCCGGACAAAAGCAAAACCUUCCCGAUUAUCCACAAAAGGGUAAAUAGGUUCAUUUUGUCCCUUGAAGAGGUUCAAGUGCCGCACUGGUAUUUUACUCAACCACACCGAAUCACUUGAGUAAUGUGGUGCCGUAGUGUUUCGUUUCAGUCUCAACCACUGUCUGCCUGGGUUUGUAUAUCACUAAGAGUGGAUAUAUCAUGGUUAUUGUGUGCUGCAUGGAUAAGCUGAUUGAUGUGUCUUAAACCCAAGCACACUUAAGCUUCAGAAGCUACAGUCUGUUCUAGAUCAGCAAGUCUUUGCAUUAACCUGGCGCAAAGAACAGCUUCAUAUUUCAGCUCCAGUGUGUUACCGUAAAUGUAUCGCGGAACUCUUACACAUUUUGUUUUACACAGGUUUCUGCACUGAGUGACCAUGCAACUAGAGCUGUCUGACAAAAGCAGCCUGCAUAAAAUGUCACUCAUGCUUUAAUUUCUAUGCACCUGUUUUCUAGUGGCGCGUGUGAAGGUGCUGCCGCUUGAGCCACGUACACAAAACAGGCUAUAGUUUUGGGAUGAAAAGCACUUUUGGAAGCUGGGUGUCUAAAUGGUUGAGUAUGAAAAUAUAUAGGCUUUGUUUAAAGUGUGAACAAUGCACAAUGGUGGUGCUGACUUGUCAUAAGGGAAUGACACUGGGAAAUGGCUAACACUUAUCUGUUUAAAAUGUUAAAUACACUUCAGUUCUUUACAUGUGUUUAUUCUUUUUUGAAAGGCACAUUAAUGUUGGCACCUAUGUCCUCCUGCCAAACUUGUCUUUUUGAUCAAAAUGGAAAUAUUCAUCAUUUUGGGAUUUCUUCUCAUAAACUUUCAUUUAACUACUAUACAGUUACCACUAGUUAUUCAUUAUUUCAUUUUAUCAUUACUACUAUAAUUCAUUAUAAAUUCAACCAUUAUAUUUAUUAGCUGACAAACAUUGAGGCUUUUAAAAGGUAUUUCUUGUGACUGACUAUAUAUGUAUUUUUUUUCUUCUUUUAAAUCAAACUGUUAAUAUGCUUUUAAUAAAUUUUAAAUAUCAAAAGUCAAGCAUCUGAAACAAACCCUUGAAUCAUUGAAUCAGCUAUUUUAAAAAAAAAAAUAGGCGUAUGAUGAUGAUUUGUAUUUAUUAUUAUUAUUAUUAUUAUUAUUAUUAUUUACUAUGCAACUACAUAUGCCACCUUAAGUGUGUAUGUGUUUUCUGGGAUAAAGUUAUAGUUCUAUGUUUGUACAGAAAUUAUUAAGGUAAGAUAUGUCUGUAUUUUUAUAUUUUUGUCAUGUUGAGCAUUGAUGCUUCUGCAUACAGAAUGUUCUGAGAAAAUUAUUCUCAGAGUUCAAAGCUUUUGAACAAAUAAUAAUAAUAAUAAAAAAAAACCUGGAAUCUUA